UUUCAGGAUUUUUUCAAAAGAUGGAUAGCGGUGGCCAAGGUUCAGGUUCACAAGACCAAUUCGAAAAAACAGAACAACUCGUUGAUGCACAAUAUCCAGUUCCGACAACAUUGAAGCCAGAUUUUUUCACAGAUAAAACCGAGAUUGAUGAAAGAAAUCGAGUGGAUCAGUGCUUCGAUAAUGAUCAACCAUUUAACGGAAACAAUUCAAAACUGUUAGAAUCCGAGUCUCAUAAACUGGGAGAGUCGUCAACUGAACCUUCAGGAACAACAAUAUCAUCAGGAAAUUAUGAAAUUGCUGAAGACUGCUCGGAUGAGACAGAGCAAUUCAUCGAUCCAGACAAUCAAGUUCCAGCAGCAAAUUUUAUUACCAACGACUGCACAACAAUUGAACAAACUGCAAAAAUUCAAGAAGAAAGCGGAACAGAUUCUUUGAUUGUCAGCACAAAUGAUUCUGGUUCAACUAAUGAACAGAUUUUGCCAACACAGAGCAAUGAUGCUGACUUUCGUGAAAGAAUUGAAAUUGACGGAAGAGAUCAAGUGGAUCAGCAUGGCAACAGUUAUCCACCAAUUAGUGGGAACAACUCAAAAUUGAGAAAAUCAGAGUCUCAUGAACAGGGAGAAUUUUUAGUUGGACCUUCAAGGAAAAGAAAGCCAGAAACACUAAUUGAAACAAAGAGUAAGAAAAGAAAAUCGGCGAGAGGAAGACCAUCUAAUAAGUUGAAUCAAUUUCAAAUACAUCAAGUUAGUAGUGACUGGAACGCGAACGCAUUUCUUCAGUUUGCUCGACGAGACGCAGCUGGUACGAUUCUAGAGUCGGAAGAAGCGAAAAAAACCAUCGAUGCACAGUUGGAACACUUUUCGGAGCCCUCGUGCUCGACGGAUGUUUCGGUUCAUGUUGUCAGAGACAACGAGAAUCUGGGCUUGGUGACAAACAAACUCCGAUCGCUAGCCAUUCCACCAAUAUCCAACCUUCCCAGUGAUCUGCCUUCAUUAUAUAAACUCCCGAAACUGUUUCUAACCGGAGCGACUUUUAUGGACGUCUCAAAAUCAAAAGGAAAACAAGUUAUUACGAAAGCAAGCAAAUGGAUCAAAUCUGGCAAAAAUCUCGUAUACGAAACAUCUGGCUGUUCUGAACUAUUUGAUGAAACAACAAAAUUCAACACUGAUGGAAAGAUUGAAGAAAACACAAGUGAAGAAUACACAAAUAAAGAUCAAUACAGGUUACCUGUUCCUAUCUAUAAUAUUGAGAACAACAGCGAUGAAACAUCAAAUUUUAUUAAAAAUAUCGUCAAUACCACAACCAUGUGCAUCUUUCGAGGAAUCGAAGAAGCAUUUGGGAUGGAUCGCCAAACGUUUGACAUCUCCACAUUGGCACCUCUCUACCCCGAUUACCCAUUGAAAAUUCGUCGACAGAUGCCCCAGUCAUCAGCAACCAAUUUCUACAUGAAUGACAAAAAUACCGUGCAGAGAUUGGGAAAUGCCUGGGCUGUCUUCGAUUUUGAAGGAGUUACUCAGUUGAGAGAUUUUGCGAAGAAUUAUGAAAGCCUUAAGGAUAUAGGAAGGUCAGCUUACCAAGCUAUCCUACGCAAUCCUUCCGCAUUUUCGGAAGUAAUGGAUGACAUGAAGAAGCAAAUCAAGGAAAAUACGAUCCCACUCAGUCCUGAACACAAACUUACAGUCCAUGAAAAUGCGACAGUGUUGGCAUUUGGAACUAAUAUUGAUCUGGAUGAUCAGCGAUUCAAGGAACAGCUCGAUGAGAUCAAAAAAUUGCCUGAUUGUUUGAGACCCGACGGAGCCGGGAAUCUUCUCAACUUUGCUCAAGAGUCACUUGCAGGUCUGAACAAACCUCAAGUUUAUUGCAAGCCUCCCGGAGCAAGAACCACAGCUCACCUGGAGAACCAAGCUCUCGGGUCCAUUAACAUUAAUCAUGGACCAGGUGAUUGUGUUUGGUACGGAGUGCCCAUGGAGUACAGUGGCAGAAUGGAGGUGCUGAUCAAAAAGCAUCGACUUAAUGUUUAUAAAAGCGGGUACUGGCCAAGUGAGCAGGAAUUAAGAAAUGAAAAGAUACCAUCGCAAAAGUUUCUACAAAAGCCUGGAGACAUGGUGUACGUCGGUAUUGGAACAUUUCAUUGGGUGCAAUCUAAUGAUUUUGCAAUAAACGUCUCCUGGAAUGUUGCACAACCAACUUUUAAUCAACUGGCUGCUGCAAUGGUCAUUCACGAUCACAACAUCUCGAGUAAAGCAACUACUCUCAUGCCUAUUGAGCCAAUUGUCUGGAAAAUGGCUGAAGAUGGAGUGGAGGCAGAGGAUGAGAAUAUUUUCCUGGCUCGAAAGGCUAUAAUGCUAAAAAGUUUGGCAAAAAGCCAGUUUGAGUUCGAUUUCGCCAUUCAGGAAAAUAUGCUCAUCAGAUCAGCAAAAAACGAGAAAUCGAUCAUCCCUGUUGAGCGAUGCUCUAUCCAAAAAUGCCGGGAAGUUCUGUUCAAUAUGAUCACACUUGACAAUAAGCAAAAUCCAUUCUGCCUUAAUUGCAUAGUUAAAGGAAAAGUCAAAGCAACAGCAUUUCAAAGGCGGGACAUUGCUGACUUGGUGAAGAUAUUUGACGAGUUUAAAUGGGUGUCCUGAAACUUUUCUUUUUUUCAACUUUCGAUCCUCAAUUUUCACAGCUUUCUUUUGUAUUAUACAAUUCUUGCACAUUUUGAAUCACUUAUCGUUUUAUUGAUCUUGUUUUGAUUUUUUAUUAUGCAACAUUUUUCGAUAUGAUCAAUUCUGUUUAAUAAAGUCCAACUUACUAAUUAUAAAAA